AUGGCUUCCCAACUUGAGGUGUUCGUCAAGGCGCUCUCUCGCCUCCUCGGAUGGAUAUAUACGCUUUGCUGGUCUGCGUCCUUCUACCCCCAGCCUCUCAGCAACUAUCGGCGGCGUUCGACUUCUGGGUCAACCAUUGACUUCCCUACUUUGAACGUAUUGGGCUUCCUCAGCUACACGAUUUAUACAUCUACAUUUCUCUGGUCUCCUGUGAUUCGGCGUCAAUAUGCUGCUCGUCACCCUCUUGCCGAAGACCCAACUGUGCGCUUUAAUGACUUUAUCUUUGCGCUCCAUGCUAUCAUCCUCAGCAUUGCAACUUAUUCACAAUACUGGCCAAAAAUAUGGAAGUUCAAAUCCACGACCCACCAGAGAAUGAGCAAACCAAUCGCGGUGCUUUUCUGGGGUUGUUUAGCAUCCUUGGUCAUCGUGAUUGGCAUUGUUAUAGCCAAGAGCUCGGAUAAGGGCUAUGAUCCAUCGUCGUCAUGGGCAUGGAUCGAUGUGAUCUAUGCUUUCUCCUAUGUAAAGCUGGUUGUCACUGUUUUCAAAUAUAUCCCUCAAGCUUGGCUCAACUUUAAGCGCCAGUCAACCGCUGGUUGGAGCGUUGACCAGGUCCUCCUUGACUUGACUGGAGGUAUCUUGUCUCUGCUUCAACUGAUCAUCGACUCCGGUUUCCAGAAUGACUGGAGUGGCAUCACAGGAAACCCUGUGAAGCUCCUUCUAUCGAAUGUCACCAUUUUCUUCGACCUGAUAUUUAUCGUCCAACACUACAUCCUCUAUAAAGACGCCAAUGAUGAUACACACAAACGGCAAGAUCCCAGCCUUAUAACUCCUCUUCUGUCCGAGCCUGACAACCUGUCAAGGGCUGCUAGAGUUUAG